AUGAUCGUGUUAUAUCUCCUCACGUGCCUCCUUCAUGCCCUCACCUGCAAUGCCAGGGCUAUACACAAUGGCAGAUCCCUAGUUCCCAGAGCAGGAUCUCUGGAGAAAGUCACCGACUUCGGUGACAACCCGUCCAACGUUGGCAUGUACAUCUACGUACCUAACAACCUCGCCUCCAAUCCCGGAAUAAUAGUGGCCAUCCACUACUGUACUGGAACUGCGCAAGCAUACUACCAAGGCUCCCCGUACGCCCGACAAGCCGAACAACAUGGUUUCAUCGUCAUCUACCCGGAAAGCCCCUACGAAGGAACAUGCUGGGACGUCAGCUCGCAAGCAACACUUACCCACAACGGGGGCGGAAACAGCAACUCCAUCGCCAACAUGGUAACAUGGACGACGAAGCAGUAUAACGCAGAUGCCAGUAAGGUGUUCGUAACGGGUACCAGCUCUGGUGCCAUGAUGACCAAUGUCAUGGCAGCAACAUACCCCGAGCUCUUCGCCGCAGGAAUCGCCUACGCCGGCGUCCCGGCCGGCUGCUUCCUCUCCACAGCCGACCAGCCCGACGCCUGGAACUCAACCUGCGCUCAGGGCCAGUCUAUCACCACUCCGGAGCACUGGGCUAGUAUUGCCGAAGGAAUGUACCCCGGAUAUAGUGGCUCGCGGCCCAAGAUGCAGAUCUACCACGGUGAUGCCGAUGCCACGCUGUACCCCCAGAACUACCAGGAGACGUGCAAGCAGUGGGCGGGCGUCUUCGGGUAUAACUAUGAUGCUCCCGAGUCGAAGGCCUCGGAUACACCGGAGGCAAACUGGGUGACGACUACUUGGGGACCGAAUCUUCAGGGCAUUUUGGCGGGGGGUGUUGGACAUAAUAUUCAGAUUCAUGGGGAUGAGGAUAUGAAGUGGUUUGGGUUUACGUGA